CCCGGCAGCCCCGAGCGCCGGCUCCGUGCGCCGCCGGGCCUGGGCGCCGAGCGCCGGCUCCGACAUGUCCGGCAAGAUCGAGAAAGCAGAUUCUGAGCGUUCCCAUCUCUCCUCGUUCACCAUGAAGUUGAAGGGCAAGUUUCAUUCACCAAAAAUAAAGAGAACACCCUCAAAGAAAGGAAAGCAAGUUGACCUGACAGUGAAAACACCAGAGAAGUCAGUGAACAAAAAUGUAUCAUGGCUGGAGGAGAAGGAGAAGGAGGUGGUCAGUGCACUCCGCUACUUUAAGACUAUUGUGGACAAAAUGGCAAUUGAUAACAAAGUGCUGGAGAUGCUGCCAGGCUCAGCCAGUAAAGUGCUGGAAGCCAUCCUGCCCUUGGUGCAGACUGACCCACGAAUCCAGCAAAGUUCUGCCAUCUCAUCCUGCUACAGCCGAGUGUACCAGAGCCUGGCCAACCUCAUCCGCUGGUCUGAUCAGGUGAUGCUGGAGGGGGUGAACUCAGAGGACAAGGAGAUGGUCACAACAGUGAAGGAUGUCAUAAAAGCUGUUCUGGAUGGAGUCAAGGAGCUGGUCAGACUCACGAUUGAAAAGCAGGAGCAUCCCUCUCCCACAAGCCCAGUUAAACCCAGUUUGCCAGCAUGUAAAUCUGACAGCCCAUCAGAACUUCCCCUUACAGACCGAGAAAUGGAGAUCCUCAACAAAACAACAAACAUGACUCAAUCCAACGAGCUGCUGACUGACUCCAUGGAUGAAGAAGUUGCACCUCCUAAACCCCCUCUGCCCAGCAUUCGUGUGGCAGAGAACAGCCCUCCACCAGCAUUACCCCCUAAAAAACGUCAGUCUGCACCUUCCCCAACCAGAGUGGCUGUGGUGGCCCCCAUGAGCAGAGCUACCAGUGGGUCCAGUUUACCUGUUGGGAUCAACAGACAGGAUUUUGAUGUUGACUGCUAUGCCCAGAGGAGGUUGUCAGGUGGAAGCCACUCCUACGGGGGGGAGUCUCCUCGGCUGUCCCCGUGCAGCAGCAUUGGCAAGCUGAGCAAGUCAGACGAGCAGCUCUCGUCGCUGGACCGCGACAGCGGGCAGUGCUCCCGCAACACCAGCUGUGAAACCCUGGAUCAAUCAGAUCACUAUGAUCCAGACUAUGAAUUCCUGCAGCAGGACCUCUCCAACACUGAUCAGAUACCUCCUCAGGGGCCCAGUGUCCUCAGCCCCUUGCCAGAGUCCCUGGGCGAGUCUGGCUCCCCUUUCCACGGACACACGUUCCAGCUCCCGCAGGGCUCCUCUCCCCCAGUGGAGCCCUGCAGCCUCCCAGGAGCAGCACAGCCAACAGAGACUCCCCCAGCUUUGCCAGAGAAGAAGAGGAGGAGUGCAGCCUCGCAGACCUCAGAGAGCUCGGGCUGCAGGGUGUCCUACGAGAGGCACCCGUCCCAGUACGACAACAUCUCCGAGGAUGACCUGCAGAGCGCCGCCCUCGUCCCCUCCGUGCCCUUCACGCCCUUUGCUGCUGUUCUGCCUUUCCAGCAAGGAAACUCUUCAGCUCCAGUGGGAUUCAUUGGUGAUUUUGCUGCUCCAGUUUCGAACAGUGACCCAGAAAAGCCGCCACCUCUGCCAGAGAAGAAAAACAAACACAUGAUGGCCUACAUGCAGUUUGUGGAGGACUACUCCGAGCCACAGCCCUCCAUGUUCUACCAGACCCCUCAGAACGAGCACAUCUACCAGAAGAAGAACAAGUACCUCAGGGAAGUCUAUGGGAUCAACGACUCCUUCACCAGCUCAGACCCCCCUCAAGAUCUGGCGCCUCCUCCUGCUCUGCCCCCCAAGCAGAGGCAGCUGCAGGCCUCCUAUGCUGCCUCUUCUUUCUCCUCUGUCUCCUACUGUGUCCAGCAACCUAAAGUGCCCUUCAGCCCCGAGGACUGCGCUGCCACUCAGGGCCUCACUAUGUCAGUCUCUAACUCCUUUCUCAGCAGGCACAGCUCCUUUCCUGUGCACUCGUACAAAUCCGUGUUUAGGUCCUACUCCCAGGACUUUGUGCCUCACAACCAAGUCUCCAUACCUCCUUUCCUCUCUUCUACCUCCUCCUCCUGCUCCACUCCGCCUUUCCCGCCCGUCCAUGUGUCCCAGAGCCCCGACCUAGCGGUGCCCACUGCAGCCAGCCAGUCACCCAGCACUGUGGAUGUGCCAAACUCCUCUUCUCAGGAGAGCAGCUUUAAUGGGAGUGCUCCUGUCUGCCUUCCUUCUGAAACCUCUUUCACUGAUUCUCUCCAGACGCCUUCGAGUGAAAACGCCAGUGAGGAGGCUGGUGAGGGUGAAUAUGUCAAUCUGUAUUCCUCUGGCCAGAGCAACGGGGAACUCCCAGGCUCUGAAGGAGAAUCUCCCCCUGUCAAAGAUGGCCCCUCCAAAGACUCGGCUUUGAACAGCAGUGCCAUGGGCAAGGAGGGCAAAGAUGGUGCUGAAAGGCAGCCACAGUCACCAGAUGCUUUGGAGUCAUCACAGCUGGAGGAAGAGGUAGAUGAGCUGUCCCUUAUUGACCACAGUGAAAUCAUGUCCAGAUUAACACUGAAGCAAGAGGGGGAUGAUGGGCCAGAUGUCCGAGGUGGAUCUGGGGACAUUCUCUUGGUGCACGCCACAGAGACCGACAGGAAAGAUCUGGUGCUGUACUGUGAAGCCUUUCUGACCACAUACAGGACAUUCAUUACCCCUGAAGAGCUCAUCAAGAAGCUGCAGUACAGAUAUGAGAAGUUUUGCCACUUCCCAGACACGUUCAAGAAGAGAGUCAGUAAGAACACCUUCUUCGUGCUGGUGAGAGUGGUGGAUGAGCUGUGCUUGGUGGAGUUGACAGAGGAGAUCCUCAAGCUGCUGAUGGACCUGGUGUUCAGGCUGGUGUGCAGUGGGGAGCUGAGCCUGGCCAGGGUGCUGCGCAAGAACAUCCUGGAUAAGGUGGAUCAGAAGAAAAUGCUGAGCUACGCCAACUCCAUCAAACCUCUCGCAGCCAGAGGGGUGGCAGCCAGGCCAGGGACACUGCAUGAUUUCCACAGCCAUGAAAUAGCUGAGCAGCUGACCCUGCUGGAUGCUGAACUCUUCUAUAAAAUCGAGAUUCCAGAAGUUCUGCUUUGGGCAAAGGAACAAAAUGAAGAGAAGAGUCCCAACCUGACACAGUUCACAGAGCACUUUAAUAACAUGUCCUACUGGGUCCGUUCAAUAAUUAUGCUACAAGAGAAAGCCCAGGACCGAGAGAGGCUGCUCCUUAAAUUUAUAAAGAUUAUGAAGCACUUACGAAAGCUGAAUAAUUUUAAUUCCUAUCUGGCCAUUCUUUCUGCACUGGAUUCUGCACCCAUCCGAAGGCUGGAGUGGCAGAAGCAAACCUCAGAGGGCCUGGCUGAGUACUGCACCCUGAUCGACAGCUCCUCGUCCUUCCGCGCCUACCGAGCGGCCCUGGCCGACGUGGAUCCCCCCUGCAUCCCCUACCUAGGCCUGAUUCUGCAGGACCUGACCUUUGUCCAUCUGGGAAACCCUGAUUACAUUGACAGCAAAGUGAACUUUUCCAAGCGCUGGCAGCAGUUUAACAUCCUGGACAGCAUGAGGUGCUUCCAGCAAGUACAUUACGACAUCAAAAGGAACGACGACAUAGUGUCAUUCUUCAACGACUUCAGCGACCACCUGGCUGAGGAGGCCCUGUGGGAACUGUCGCUGAAAAUCAAACCGCGGAACAUCACGAGGCGGAAAACAGAUCGGGAAGAGAAAACCUAGGAGGAGGGGCUGUGCGAGGAGAAUCGCUCCGCAGAGGCGCCGAGGGCAGCUAUGAGACUGGAGUUCAAUGUUUGUACCUGUCACUGGAUGACACACCCUCCCUCCCAGCUGGCAGCCAGCCCUGGGGGUGGCCAUGCCGGCCGGCGCAGCCGCCGAGGGCAGAGAUCGAUCGGCCGGAGCUCGCUGCACUCGCCCUCCUCCUCCUCCCGCCCCUCUGUGCCAUGAACCAGCUUUAACCCCGGGGACAGAGCUGUGUGGAAGGAGUGUCCCACGCCAGCGUGACGCUGGCUUGCUGGCCUGUUGCAUUCAGGUGUACCCUGGCUCUUGUUUCCAUCCCGAGCAGGGGCAGCAGGAGCUCAGCGCCCACUGACUCGUGUCCGGAGCGGCGUCGGGCAGCAGCCAAGGAAGCCAAGGGUUGGAGUCUCCCCUGCAAUGCCACCUGCCCAACGUGUUCGUGAGGAUGGAAGUGUCUCCUGCUGCCUGCCAGAGGAGCUCUGCUUCCAGAGAGCUGCUUGUGUUUACAGGGGUCUCGGCUCACCCCAGAUCUCUGGGCCUUCUUCACGGCAGGAAGGCACCGGUCGUAGAUGCAGAAGAGGCACUGAAAAUGUGGGCAGGGACCCGCCAUCUCCAGUCAUCACAUCCCCCUCCUCCUCUCAGAUCUCGUUAUUUAAGCAACAGUAAAUCCCUCUGGACCUGGAAACACGGACUGCCCAGGUACUGGGGGUCACCUGCCUGUGCCCCCGUGUCUCUUAGCGAUGGUACUUAGCUUUUGCACAGGAAAUGCUGUAGGAUACAGACUGUACAUACCUAGUGUUUAGAACCCCUGGGGAUUUUUGAUGCAUGUCUGAAUACCCAUGAGUUUAUAGGAAAAAAAAACAAAAACAAGACAAGUGCAAACCAGUCUGUAUAAAAUCCACAACCAGUGACAAUGUUGUUCCGAGUGCUGGAUAAAGGAGGCUCGGGGCAGCCAGGUGGGCACUGGCUGCAGAGCAGGGGCUGGAGCCUCCUGAAGGAGCCAAUUCUGGGUUGGGAACCAGGAAGGAGCCCUGUGCCCAGCUGAGCCACCCUGUCCUCCCACCCACUCCUCUCUCCUCUCUCUGUUGCCAAAUGUUUUUCUCUGGGGGUCCCUGUUGGACCCUCAGUGCUGUGCUUUGAGAGCUGUGCUUUGGCAGGACCCCCAGCCAGUCCCUGUCCCCAGUCCUGCUGCUGCCAGCAGGGCAGGGACAGCCCAGCACGGAAGGGCAAGGCAGGGGUGUCAUUUCCCACACACACAGUGUUAACCCCAAUCUGUUCAGUGUGCCUUAUUCAGCCCUUGUGUCCCCCUCUGUGUCCCACCCAGCACAGCCCCAGCCAGGCCGUCUCACAUCCCUCCUCUGUCCUGCUCCAGUGGUUUGCAGUUGGGUCGUGGGUGUGAGUGUGUCCUGCAGGUUUUGCCAGACGCUCCUCAGCUCCCUGUCAUGUUGUCACAGGUUUUUUACAGGGUUCUGACAAAAUCCUGCACAUUUAGGGCAGUAGCUUCCAAGGAAUACAGAGAUGGAGUUUCACAGAGCAUCCUUAACUUAUUUCUCAAUAGCAGCUCUGUGCCUGCUAAAGCCUCUGUUUGUUCUGGGUGAAUCAGAGCUGCACUCCUUUCCUUCUCCAAACAGAUUGCAAAGCCUUGGCCAGCUCUGCCUGGCUCUCAGGAGGGAGUGACAGCCCAGGGUAUAACCCUGCUUUGUUAUUUUCCUGAGCACUCAGGCACGAGGCUCACACAGUGGCCAAGCACAGAGAGACCCCCUGCCCAUGAGGGCAGCCGGGGGAGGGCAGUGCGGGGUCCAACAUAGUUCUGUGCAGCCCCAGAGCAGGAAUUGUUCAUGCUGAACCACGGUGUCUGAGCCAGAACACUUCAAAAGUUGUUUAUUUUCAUGGCACUGAGGGCAUUGGAGCCGUGUGUUCUGUCCAGCCAAGGCUUUGCAAUCCCCAGAGGCUUCCCAGGAAGUAAUGUCCACAUUUCCUUUGUAAAUAAGAUCUUUUAAAAGCCCAGCAUGGUGAGAAGGGUGAUGAAUACACCCAGGAUGUGGUGUGGGCUUUGCCCUGGUGGCUCUGGAGUCACAGCCCUGGGGGUUCAGGGGGACAGGAGGGGGCAGCUUGUCUUUACCCAGCUGA